CCAGGAAUAGCAGACUAGUGUGUAAUCCAUUGCUAACAACUAACUCGGCCCUACUCACAAAUCACAAUUGCAGGACUUCAGGCUUAGGGGCGAUGGAAGUCUGGAACCGCCGAACAGAGGAGGAGUCGAGCAAAGACUAGAGAGGAUCGACUAUUCGACCUAUCGACAUCGAAGAACGGCGAAUCGCCUAGUGGCCGACGUAGCCAGCCAGAAACGCUUUACGCUUGGCCGCCUGCCCCUUCUCAGUAUUCAGUCUUCUGGUGCGCUGCACGGCUUGGGCUUCUAACCUUCUGUGGACCUACGAUUCUGCCCAGCCCCUUCGGCCCUUUCCGCCCUCCUCACUCUCUGGGUGACAGAAGGUGGCGGCCUAUGUCAAUGAGAACCUGUCUUGCUGUUAUCCCUGGAGCAGGUGAAGGCAUAAGUGCUGUUGAUCUAGGUAAUCAAUAAUAGCAUUAAUGGUUGAUGGUUGGUUAUUUAGGAAAAAUAAAAAUGAAUCUUCUUUUGUGUGGUUGUUACUCUGAGUAGUGGACACCAAAUUGUUGAAGGAAGUUGGUAAUGAAGACGUAUUGUUGGAAAUACUAGCUAGGCUACCAAAUAGUCGAAAUGCAAUUCAUGCAGGGUUGGUAUGUCACCUUUGGCAUUCCAUCGUCUCUCAGCAGCAGUUUAUUCCCAGGUUCAUAGGCCUCUGGGAGCAAAAGAAGAAAGAGCAGCCUUAUUCCAUCAUAUUCCGCUUAGUAGAUAUUUUUGAGAAUGUUGGAGAUGAGUAUUAUCAGCCUAUUUGCAAACUAUUUUCAGAAGAAUCCCUGGUUCUCCACGGGGGACUAAAGGAGGAGACGGUGACAUCAUGUAAAAGUUAUCCUCCUUCCGGCGGCGGCAGCAUCCAGCUGCCUUCACCCAACAUGGUCAUAAGAGCGUCUUGCGGUGACUUGCUGCUGAUGUCGCAAGGUGCACGCAACUAUAGAUCUAAGCAACACUUCUAUCUCUGUAAUCCAGUAACCAAACAGUGGUUCCAUCUCCCCCAUGUUUAUUUUGAAGAUUUCGUGACUGGGUUUGCAGUUGUACCCAUGCCGCCGCUGCCCCCAGCCCGCAACAGCUGUGGUAGUUAUGAAUACAAGGUGGUCUUCAUUCAUUUUCCCCAUGAUUAUGGAGAAGAUAAUCUUGCUGACAGUUGGAAGUGUAGAACAUCAAUUUAUUGUUCAAAAUCAAGAAAAUGGAGUGUUAAUUCAGGGUUUCGAUAUCCUGUACCUACUACCAGUAAGACCCCUAGGUUAUUCAUUUAUCCAAUCACUUGUAAUGGAAUUAUUUAUUGGUUAAAUUGCGAUGAUGUUCCUGAUUGCAUCAUUGCCUGUGAUUUGGUGAACAACCCCCACUCUACUGCCUUUAUUGACCUUCCCGAAGGCUCUAUGCUUGGUGGUGGGGGUGUUAUUUCACUAAAGUUGGGCGCUUUCCUGGGGGAACUGAGAUUAUUCAACGUAUUCUGCCCGUCGCCCGUUGACCCGCAACAGCCUCGACAUCUUGUUGUUAAAGUUUGGGAGUUGAAUUGCAGAACCAAUUCCUGGACUCUAGUUUAUGACACACGCUUCAAUGAUAGGCUGCCGCCUAAUGGCAUCCAUGUAGAAGAAGAAGAAAACGAGUUCAAAAUCCGUACGGUUGCUUUCCAUCCACACAAUGGGAACAUGGUCUUCCUGGUAUGUGGCAGUGGUGUUUUCAAGUAUUAUAUUUCACAGGGUGUGUAUGAGAAAGUCGAUGAGCUCUGUGGUGUUUUCCGGUAUCGUAUUUCAUAUGGUAUGUUUCCGGAAGUAGUGGAUGAGCUCCAUGAUUCGGUGCCUCCAAAUGAGCUUCUUACGUCCUUUACGCUUCUCCACUCUAUCUGGCCCACCACCAUGUUGCUCUCUCCUUCCAAAUAGUAAUAAUAGUAAUUGUUAUUACUAUAUUUGACUUUGUUACUGUGUGUACACACAUAUACUUCGUAUAUUAUUGUGAAAGAGUGAUGAACAUUAUUGGUUUUUCACUGUAAUCUUGACCAUGAGGGUUGUCAACAUUUGUCCUGCAUUUUUCAGUUUUAAACCCUUUGUCCUUACAUUUGGUUGUUCCCCUCCCGCUGCUCCUUUUUUCUUGUGCUCACUCUUUCUUUAUAACAAAUUGGAAUAUAGAAAUAUUGGAGAAGCA